CGCUCUAGUCUGGCCGAUUCCACCGAUUUCUCUGUAUCUUCCUCUCUUGCACUAUCGAACUCGCAUCCGGUUCUCACGGAUUUCGACCCUCAUAUGGAUCCGCGACUCAAGACGAACUCUGCAUUACUAUCCCUGAACCCCACUUCUCAAUCCUUUUCGUGUUCUCCAACAAAUACAUCUUUAUCCAUGGCCACAGCUACAAACAGAUCGAAUCUUUCGACACUAGCGUUUACGUCCGCCCUUCCUGGGAAUACCGUUCAUACUGGCAUCAAUCCUUAUGCAAGUAUGCAGGUUAUACCUGAUGAUUCAGAGCCAUCUCUCCUCACCGAUCCUCCUGAUUUAGCCAUCAUUGCGGCAAAAGAUUAUCCAAUUCGCCAGGUAUCGGAGCAAAGACCUACAUGGCCUAUCGAGGACGAUGUGGUGGAGUUGGAGGAAACUUUUGAAUCAACUGACUGUGUAACCGCUAUCAAUUUGCUCGUUUCAUUUAUUGUUUCAACACUGACACAGAAAUGA